GAUUUAUUCUCUCUAUCUGUUAUCCCAUUUUCUGUUGUUGUUUCUUUUCUUCCAUUGUCGAUAUACAUACCAAAAUGGCCAGCACAAUCACACGGUCUGACGAGCGCCAGAAUGCUGGGUGAGUUUUUCUUUCCCUCUGCUCUCUCUCUGACAUCACUGCCCGCGGUGCACCUUCCUCCCUAUCGCCAGAAAUCUGCGACUCGAGUGCGAUUCCUCGAGGACAUUCAAUCAUGAACGUCGUCGCUGCUGCCUUGUUGCUUUAGGGUUCUUGUUGAAUUUUCUUCUAUUAUUGUUUUCUUGCUGCUGCGUCGACUCGAUAUCCCAUCAAAUUUCCUCAUCGUCUGCCCCGCUGUUGAAUCACCACUUCGUCCAUUCAACCGCGCAUCAUGGCUAACCAGUGGAUUGCCAACAUCAGCACCAUUGAGCUCAAGGACAACACCGUCAUUGUCGUCCUAGGUGCCUCGGGUGAUCUGGCGAAGAAGAAGACUUUCCCUGCUCUCUUUGGUCUCUACCGCAACAAAUUCCUUCCCAAGGACAUCAAAAUCGUUGGAUAUGCCCGGACAAAGAUGGACCAGGAGGAAUACCUUAAGCGUGUGCGAUCCUACAUCAAGGUCCCGACCAAGGAAAUCGAAGAGCAGCUCGACAGCUUCUGCAAGCUCUGCACCUACGUUUCCGGCCAAUAUGACCAGGACGACUCUUUCAUCAACCUCAACAACCACCUCGAUGAGGUCGAGAAGGGCCAGAAGGAGCAGCACAGAGUCUUCUACAUGGCUCUGCCCCCCAGUGUUUUCAUCACCGUCUCCGACCAAUUGAAGCGCAACUGCUACCCUAAGAACGGUCUCGCCCGUAUCAUCGUCGAGAAGCCCUUCGGUAAGGACCUGCAGAGCUCGCGCGACCUCCAAAAGGCCCUCGAGCCCAACUGGAAGGAAGAGGAAAUCUUCCGUAUCGACCACUACCUGGGUAAGGAGAUGGUCAAGAACAUCCUCAUCAUGCGCUUUGGCAACGAGUUCUUCAACGCUACCUGGAACCGUCACCACAUCGACAACGUUCAGAUCACAUUCAAGGAGCCAUUCGGUACUGAGGGCCGUGGUGGUUACUUCGAUGAAUUCGGUAUCAUCCGUGAUGUUAUGCAGAACCACCUUCUGCAGGUGUUGACCUUGCUCGCUAUGGAGCGCCCCAUCUCUUUCUCCGCUGAGGACAUUCGUGACGAGAAGGUCCGUGUCCUGCGUGCGAUGGACGCUAUUGAGCCCAAGAACGUCAUCAUCGGUCAGUACGGCAAGUCGCUCGACGGCAGCAAGCCCGCCUACAAGGAGGACGACACUGUCCCCAAGGAGUCUCGUUGCCCGACCUUCUGCGCCAUGGCCGCCUACAUUAAGAACGAGCGGUGGGAUGGCGUUCCCUUCAUCAUGAAGGCCGGAAAGGCCCUCAACGAGCAGAAGACCGAGAUCCGUAUCCAGUUCCGUGACGUGACCUCCGGUAUCUUCAAGGACAUUCCUCGUAAUGAGCUUGUCAUCCGUGUGCAGCCCAACGAGUCGAUUUACACCAAGAUGAACUCCAAGCUGCCUGGUCUCUCCAUGCAGACCGUUGUCACCGAGCUUGACCUCACCUACCGCCGCCGCUUCUCCGACCUUAAGAUCCCCGAGGCUUACGAGUCGCUGAUCCUCGACGCCCUCAAGGGUGACCACUCGAACUUUGUCCGUGACGACGAACUCGAUGCCAGCUGGAGAAUCUUCAGUCCUCUCCUUCACUACCUCGACGACAACAAGGAGAUCAUCCCCAUGGAAUACCCCUACGGCUCCCGUGGCCCCGCUGUGCUCGACGACUUCACCGCAUCAUUUGGAUACAAGUUCAGCGAUGCUGCUGGGUACCAGUGGCCCAUGACCUCUGCUCCUAACCGGCUGUAGAGGAAGUGCGACAAUUAAUGAAAAAUGAAAAAAAGUAAUGUCGAUUACACGUUUUUUUCUCUUAUGGCAUGACGACGGAAUCUGGGUCGAUAUGACGACAAUGAAGGACAGUUCUUUUCGAGGGUGGACGGC